CUAUGAAGUGGAAAGGAGGGUUCUCAUUCAUCGUUGAGAUGUUCAUUUAUGACUGAGAGACAGAACUCAGAAAGAAGAGAGUGUGUACUGAUUUGUACGAGUGGAUCUUGGUUGUGAGCAUCAGCAUGGCACAGUGGUGGACUUUACUCACUGUUGUUUACCUGUGCAGCUACUGUGCUGCCAGUCAGCACCACAGGAAAGUGCUGUACCCAUCUGCAUACAGGAUAAAACGGGGAACAUAUUCACUGAUCAACCCCACAUUCCAGCACUCGGUGGAGGACAUCAAGCUGCUUUUUGAGAUUCUGCUGGGUGGAAUGCAGAUACAAGGUGAUGGACACACCCUGCUGAUUCCAGAUGAGGAGUUGGCCUCCCUGAGAAGUGUGGAAAAGCUGGAAGUCAUCUGUGAGGAAGUACUGCCUAAAAGGCUCUCCGACAUCAGGCGUCUGACGGCUGAGCUCACCCAGCGGCGCCAACCUCUGAGCUGGCAGGACUUUGAGAGGACAGUGCUGACGUUAGUGUACACCACUCAGACCCUGGCUCGUAUCACCAACAAGCACCAGAAAGAGAUGUGGACCGACACCCUAAUCCAGCUGUUCCAAGCUCUUCAAAAGGAUCUCAAACCCUUUUGAGGAAAGAAGUUGUCCAUAUUUUUUUCAGUAGUGGAGAUGCCGUUUAUCCAUGCCAUUUCCAGUGUCCUGCAAAGUUUAAAAACAAAUUAGAUUAUUAUAUUGCUUUUUAUAUGAAACUAUUUGUAUAUACAAAUACAAAUAUCAAAAAAUGUAUA